AUGGCGCUGGCUCCCAGCUCGCCUCGUCUGCCGAGCCCUCCCCCGCCUGCGGAAAUCCAAAUCAGCCCAAACUCACCAUCUGGAGGAGCACCAGCAAAUCCUCAUGCUACACACAUGGAACAAUCCGUCUUGGACGCCAAUUCCAGGCGUCGCAUACAUCCGGGGACAAAGGCUGCUGAUAUGGCUGCCGGGCCACCUUUGGUGCCUCUGAGCGAGUUGCAGGAGCAUCUUGCUGCCCUGCAUUAUGACCGCACAGCCUCUGGCACGCAAGCGAUAACGCGCGAGACCGCUCGCCAGCUCACCCAACCUCCCGCGGGCAUCGACCGCACCAUCUGGCUCUACGAACUGUGUCGAUUCCUCAUCUCCAAAUGCAACCAACUCGUCGUAGGGUUCCUCUUCGACACCCCUCCUUGCAGCGCGCAAACGUGUCCCGAGAUGCGAGCCUCCGAGUGGCAGUUUCUGUGCGCGGUCCAUGAGCAGCCCAAGAGCUGCUGCGCCAUCGACUACUGCUGCCACACGCUCGACUGGGCAGCCAACGUCGUGUCUGACCAAAAGCUCUUCCCCAGUCGGUUCGCAGUCCUCAGCGACGCCCACAGCAAAAAUGCCGGCGUGAAAAACCUAGUCAAUGUAUUCAGGAGACUGCACCGCAUUUUCGCCCACGCGUGGUUCCAGCACCGCAGCGUAUUCUGGUCCGUGGAAAGCCAGACCGGUCUGUACGUCUUCUUCAAGACGGUGUGCGACCAGUACGAUCUGCUCCCGGCUGAGAACUACAAGCUCCCGCCGGAAGCCGAGGGUCUCGAGGCGCCCCCGAUCGAGCCCGAGGCCGACAAGCCUCCGCCAGCUAUUCUGAAGCCGGCAUCACAGCAGAGGCCUGCUGGGGCAGAAGAUGACGGUCUGCACCCCGGUGGCCGCACCAACACUCGAAGACACAUUAGGAGUAGUCCUUCGACAGGCAGUGCCGUGACGACGGUAAUAGAGGCGGACGAAGAAGACACGGAAAAUGUUCCCAACAAGAUGGAAAGUCUGCACAUUUCUGACACUCAUUCAACUGGCCAGGAGCCAGAAAGCGCAGAAGUACCCGUCAUUGUUGAAUGCUCCGUCGUCGAAGGAGCUUCCAAAUCACAGGAACAACACCCUCCAGAGCCAGUGGAGCCGCCCGCACCAGCAGAGGCAGAAACAGAAGAAGCAAAUCAGACAGUUGUAGAGCCUGAGCCCGCUAGCAAUCAAGAUGAAAACCAAAACAAAGAGUCCAACAUCCCCCUUCCGCCCGAUGAAACCGAUACAAGACCGUCUGAGUCCCAUGUCGAGAAAUCCUCUUCAGAGACAAAAACUGAUGAUGAGGAAUCAAAACAACCGACAGACGAAGCCGUCCCUGAUCCAUCAGAGUCAGCCGAGGAGAAAAAGGAACCGGCCAAGGAGACUAAAUCAGAGGACAUGGCUGGGGAAUCUGGACAGGUCCCUGAUCCAGAGUAG